GGGAUGGGUAUUCUCCAGCCGGGGAGCAGAGCUUCAGUCUCGGCAGCCAGGAGCAACAGCAGCAGCGCUGUCUGUCUCCCCAUCAGCGUCACCGCCACACGCCUGCAUCCCAUUUUGGACUAGACACCCCGUGCAGUGAAACAGUCUACGGGCACGAUCGUGUGUGUGUGGUUGUGUGAGCGCGCGUGCGCGCUUGUGUGUCAUUCGUGGAGCAAAUAAAACCCAGCAGCUCGAGAAGGGUGACACAACGAACGAAGGAGCGAAAGAGGGGGUACAGUCGGUGGCAUGGAGCAGAGGUGUGUGCGCGUUUCUUCACGGAGGCGCGACUCUGGGCUGUGGUGUCUGACGGACGCAGAGAGAUGCUGUGAGCUCUGGUAUUAGCAGGCAGCUGCGCACCGAGCCACUCUCUCUUCUCCCUCCCUCCCCUCUCCUCCCCAGCAUCGCUGCUCUCUCCUCGCUCCGACCAUUCGCUGAAACUGGGGAAUCGGCUCCACACGGCUCGUUUUGCUCACUAUCGCUGGCGUCCUACACGGGGAUUUGACACAACCAGAGAGAUGCUCCUUUUCUGGAGGAAGGCCACUGGAUUCAAAAGUAUUAGUGACUCUCUGCAUGGGCUGUGGUUUUAGUGAUUGUGAGCUGGGCUCCUACUGUCAAGCACAGGUUGAUUGUGCUUGGCUCACUGACGCUGUAUUCCCAGCCAACUUCUCCUUUCACUAGAUGAUAAAAAAAAGUCCACAGGAUUGCCAUCCAUGGUUUCUGCCCUAAUCAAAACUAUAUCAGCCUACAUUGAAAAGAUUUGCAAAGGAAUGUUUACAAAGAAAUUGGCAAACCCAAUAAAGAAGAAAGAGAGAAGUGAAAAUAAAGAGCCUAAAUUGACCACUGAUUUGCAAGUACACAAUCUAACUCUCUCUACCACACUGAAGACUACCGUUAAAAAGAUUUCCAAAUGCUCUUCAGCACGUAACAUUUCGCUCGAAGAAGACGACGGAAAGAACGACUGUUCAUCUCUGUCACCCACUUUCAGUUAUCGUGUAGCUAUAGCAAAUGGACUCCCAAAAAGUUCUCUUUUUUUGAAUAAUAAUGAAAGCAUCUUUCCCGAGGUUCUUUCGAUUGACAGUAGUUACUCUGACUCCUUGAGUGACACAAAACCCAUCCGGAGACUGGAUGAGCAUAAAUCGCACACUAUGCCAGUAAGACGAAACAGGAAGAGCCUCAUCAGUUUGGCUCCCUCGGAUGGUAGCUCCGAAGGUGAAAGAGGGGAGCGCUCCAGUCUACACACACUUAGGUUGGGAGCUCUACGCAAGUUAAGAAAAUGGAAAAAGAGCCAGGAAUGUGUCUCCUCAGACUCCGAAGUGAGCAAUUGGAGGAAAACUCUAGGCAUUCGGAGCAAAUCCUUGGACCGUGCUGGACGGCAACAAAAGAGCUCAACCCUCGAGCCUGGCUCAUCCUCAACAGGUUGCAUCAGUCAAACACAGGAUGUAAUGGAAAUGAUCUUUAAGGAGCUACAGGGGAUCAGCCAGAUAGAGACAGAACUAUCUGAGCUUCGUGGCCAUGUCAAUGCCCUUAAAAGCUCAAUUGAUGAGAUCUCCAGCAGUGUGGAAGUAGUUCAGAGUGAGAUUGAACAGCUUCGCUCUGGAUUUGUCCAGUCAAGAAGGGAAACUCGUGAUAUCCACGACUACAUAAAACAAAUUAGUCACCAGGCCAGUAAUUCCACCUUGCGAUUCCUCAAUGUUCCUGAAGAAAAGUCAGAGAAAACAGAGAGUCUAAUUUAUAAAAUAAUAAAAGACAAAAUGGGUUUUGUUGACGCUCAUAAAACAAUUAAAAUUGAACUUGCUCAUAGAUUAGGGCAACAAAGAGAAUGUUCUAAUGCUAAACCCCGCCCUAUUAUUGUUAUUUUUGCAACACCCCAAGAUAGAGAUGUAGUCUUAAAAAAGUGCUAUAAACUUAAAGGAACUGGCAUUACCGUGUCUACUGAUAGCUUAACUCAUGAUGGAAAAGAGAGAAAAGACAAACUGUCAUCCUCUCAAACUUAUGAAAGCAUGGAUAUAAAGAUCUCAGGAAAGGAUAAAGUCGUGGAGAGUGAUGACUGGGACUCAAUGGACAGUGACAAAGAACUGGAUGAAUUAAGCAGAAAUAAAUAUGCAAUGGUGAUUUCAAAGCCUGUUCACAAGAGCAAAUCAGAGAAGAGGCGGUCCCAUGAUCAUACCCGGUCAGGAGAUGAGGCUGGCUACUCAGGCACAGUUCACUAUGCUGAUGACCCUUACUAUGAUCCAGACAAGCAUGCAAAGGCUUACUAUUCUGAUCUGACCCCUGGUUGGCUUUCCCAGAGUGACUACUCCACUCCAAAACUCAGCCGCUCUGAGUCUGACUGCUCAAAACUUUGCCAGUCAUACUCAGAAGACUUUUCAGAGAGUCAGUACUUUACACGGGCAAAUGGCUGCUCCCUGCUGUCCUCCUCAGAUCAGGAACUGUGGCAAAGAAAACAGGAAGACAUGGCUUCCUCCUGGUAUGCUAGCCCCAGUCACGCUCUUAGCCACGAUAAUCAAGCUUAUGAACAUAAUGAGGUCGAGACUACGGAAACUAUUGACAGCGGAGUUAGCAACGGACUUGUCUGUAUGUCAAGGGAUAGAAGUCACUACAGUGGCUCUCAGCUUUCUCUGCAAGGUGACCUAUCACCGUGGAAAGACUGGCAUCAUUUGGAGCAGGGUGCUGACUCUGGCUUAGAAGCCUCCAUAGAGGUUAGCAGUCCGUUUGACCCAUCAACAAUUCCUGGUUUUCCAGAGAACAUCACUAAAUGUCAGGAGGUUGAUUUACAGUUUGAAGGAGAUGAGGAAUUUAUGAUGCUUGACAGGGAAUCUUCCCUACCACCAAUAAUGACCCACAUUAUUCCCCCUAUCACGGAACGUGAGUCUGUCAAGUCAUCUGCUCGUCAAUCUAAGGAACCAUGUAAGAUUGUUUCAAAAGAAAGCACGAAAGUAGCAUCUUCCCCUAAAGAUUCCCCCAAAGCCACUGCUAAAGUGACACAUAAACAAACUAAAGUGGCUACAAAAGAGGACAACUCAAAAAUAUUGCUAAAGGAAAGUCCUAAGGUAUCUGCUAAGGUUUCACCUAAAGUGACCUCUAAAGCAGCUCCUAAAGAGUUGCCUAAAGAGAUUUCAAAAUCAGCAGCUAAGGAAUCCUCUCAAGCUAUCUCUAAAGACAGUCCUAAACUCACACCUAAAGACACAACAAAGCCCACAGUCAAAGAGGUAUCUAAAGUGGCAUCUAAGGCAAGUCCUAGUGAGAUUAUUAAAGUCACUUCUAAAGUGACCACCAAAGAUAGCCCCAUAUUGACUCCUAAAGAAAGUCCUAAAGAGUCCCCUAAAGAGAGCCCUAAAAUAACCCCAAUCGACACCCCUGUCUUGACCCCUGUCUCAACUCCUAAAGAGUCCCCUAAGGAAUCUCCUAAGGAAUCCCCUAAAGUUAUUGCUAAAGAACUUCCACAAGUUGUACCUAAAGAAGGUCUGAAAAUUACUCCUAAAGAAGUUGCCAAAGAAGCUUCAAAACCUUCCCCAAAAGAGGCCCCCAAAGAGGUGCAUAAAGUAGCACCUAAGGAAACUGCUAAAAUACCAACUAAAGAAGUUAGUAUGAUUCCAGCUAAAGAGUCCCCAAAAGUAGUCCCGAAAGAGAGCCCUAAAGUGACCCCCAAAGAAACCCCUAAACCAACCCCAGGAGAAGCCCCUAAAGUAGCACCAAAAGUAGCCUCUAAAGACGUUUCUAAAGAUAUCCCCAAAACAAUUCCUAAAGAAAAAUUCCCUGAACUGGAUGUUAAUCAUAGCUUUCACCAGCCCCAGAGUAAGUCUUCAUCUAUGUACCGUAGUCAGAGUGAGAUUCGAACAGAGAAGGUUGAGGAAGUUCCCAAGUCUUGGAGCAGUAGGCUCAGCAUAGAUCUCAGUGAAAAGUCCUUUGGAUUUGGCUUUGGUUCUACCCUACAGAGAGCUAAGUCAGCUCUUGAGGUUGUAUGGAAAUCUGGGUCUCAGACUACCCCUGCUGCGCCACCCGAGGAAACGUCAAACACCUCGUCUUCAUUUAUGGGGCGAUUCCGCACGCUGUCUGGUUCCACUACCAAUAACUCUAGUACUACAGUUGACUCAGAUAUCCAGAGAGAGCCUGUCUUCUUUAAAGCAGAGGAGGAUAAAACAGAAGCCGAGGAACAACCCGUGGACAGUGAGACCCACUAUGUUGAAGUAAUGGAGCAAGUGCUAGCUAACCUGGAGAACAGAACUAAUACUACUGAGACAGAGGAGCCUGAUGAGCCUGUUCAGGUGUGUGAGACUUCUCAGGACUAUGAUGUGUCUGAAGAUAUUGAAGCCACUCCAGACAUUGAUGCCUCUCAGGAUUUGGAAGCUUUGCAAGAGUUGGAAGCCCCAGGUGACAACGAAGCAAGUAAAGAAACAUGUGUUCUGGAGUAUGAUUGUAGUUUGGAUGAGCAGUAUGAUGAAGAGUACAGUGAGGAUUAUGAAAACCAACUGACUGAGGACACUGCUGAAUAUGAUGCCAUGGUAGAAUAUGUAGAUGUAGAAGAACCAGAUGAGACCGAGGGGAAUGAUCUGACAGAGGAGAUGGAAGAAGGUGAUGAGGAGCUAGAAGAGGUGGCAGAAAUAAUUGAAGAGGUAGCAGAGGUGUCAGAAAAGGUUGAACAAAAGCAAGAGGAUGAAAACAAAAAUCUUCCAGAAGAAAAACCAAUAGAGGCUCCACCUAAGAAGCGUAUUCGGCCCACAUUUAAGGAGGCGGCGCUGAGGGCCUACAGGAAACAGAUGGCCGAACUGGAGCAGCAGAUCCUUGCAGGGGACACCAGUGUUUUGGAUACUCAGCCUCGCAGUCUUUUGGAUCCCAAAGUGCUCGGCUUGCAGACCGGGGGGGCUGGCAGUAUUCUUUAUGGUAUUGACAGCAUGCCAGAUUUACGUCGCAAGAGGACAGUGCCUCUUGUCCGAGACCUGGCUUUGACCCUAACUGCUCGAAAGGCAGGCAUCUCGUUCGCUCUGGUGAACAGGUCCACCCUGAAUAACGAGGAACUGAAACUACACGUCUUCAAGAAAACUCUGCAGGCACUGAUCUACCCAAUUUCAUCCACAACACCCCAUAAUUUCGAGGUGUGGACAGCAACUGCACCCACCUACUGCCAUGAGUGUGAGGGUCUGUUGUGGGGCAUCGCCCGGCAGGGGAUGCGCUGCUCUGAGUGUGGGGUUAAAUGCCAUGAGAAGUGCCAGGACCUGCUCAAUGCAGAUUGUUUACAAAGGGCAGUGGAGAAGAGCUCCAAGCAUGGGGCAGAAGAUAAAACCCAGAAUAUCAUCAUGGCUAUGAAGGAACGCAUGAAGAUAAGGGAGAAGAACCGCCCUGAAGUAUUUGAAGUGAUCCAGGAGAUGUUCCACAUUUCCAAAGAGGACUUCAGCAGCCAUCUGAAAACAGCCAAGCAGGCUGUGUUGGAAGGGACCUCUAAGUGGUCAGCCAAAAUCAGCAUAACAGUUAUGAGUGCGCAGGGUUUACAGGCCAAGGAUAAAACGGGCUCCAGCGACCCUUAUGUAACCGUCCAGGUGGGCAAGACCAAACGCAGGACGAAGACCAUCUUUGGAAACCUCAAUCCAGUCUGGGAUGAGAAGUUUAACUUUGAAUGUCAUAACGCUACCGACCGCAUCAAGGUGCGUGUGUGGGAUGAGGACGAUGACAUCAAAUCACGGGUGAAGCAACAUUUCAAGCGCGAGUCAGAUGAUUUCCUGGGCCAGACCAUCAUCGAGGUUCGCACUCUCAGUGGGGAGAUGGACGUAUGGUACAAUCUAGAUAAAAGAACUGACAAAUCUGCAGUAUCUGGUGCCAUCAGACUCAAGAUCAGCGUGGAAAUGAAAGGGGAGGAGAACGUGGUUCCUCCUCAUGGCCAGUACACCUGUUUACAUGAGAACCUUUUCCACUAUCUGACCGAGGUGAAGAACAGCGGGGUAGUGAAGAUCCCGCAGGUGAAAGGGGAAGAGGCGUGGAAGGUCUACUUUGACGAUGUGUCGCAGGAGAUAGUGGAUGAGUUUGCCAUGAGAUACGGAGUGGAAUCCAUCUAUCAGGCUAUGACGCAUUUCUCUUGUCUGUCCGCCAAAUACAUGUGUCCUGGGGUGCCAGCAGUGAUGAGCAACCUGCUUGCUAAUAUCAAUUCCUACUUCGCCCAUCCCACUACCACCACCACAACCACUGCCUCUGCUUCAGACCGAUUUGCUGCCUCUAACUUUGGGAGGGAGAAAUUUGUCAAAUUACUGGACCAGCUGCACAACUCAUUGAGGAUCGACCUCUCCAAAUAUCGGGAUAAUUUCCCUGCGGGAAACCCAGAGCGCCUCCAAGAUCUGAAAUCUACUGUUGAUCUGCUGACCAGCAUCACGUUCUUCAGGAUGAAGGUGCAAGAACUCCAGAGUCCACCAAGAGCCAGUAUGGUGGUGAAGGACUGCGUGAAAGCCUGUCUAGACUCCACCUAUAAAUACAUCUUUGAUAACUGUCAUGAGCUAUACAACCAGCUCCUUGAUCAGAGCCGGAAGCAAGACCUUCCCAGGGAGGAACAGGGUCCAUCGAUAAAGAACCUGGACUUCUGGCCAAAACUCAUCACUCUGAUGGUCUCUGUGAUUGAUGAGGACCGGACGGCUUACACCCCUGUCAUUAACCAGUUUCCACAGGAGCUGAAUGCGGGCAAGAUCAGCGCUGAAAUCAUGUGGAGUCUCUUUGCCCUGGAUAUGAAGUAUGCAAUGGAAGAGCAUGAAAAGCACCGCCUAUGCAAAAGCACUGAAUACAUGAAUCUUCACUUCAAAGUCAAAUGGUUCCAUAAUGAGUAUGUCCGUGACCUGCCGGCCUUCAAGGAUGUUCCACCUGAAUAUUCUCUGUGGUUUGAGCCAUUUGUCAUUCAGUGGCUUGAUGAAAAUGAAGAUGUUGCUAUGGAUUUCCUCAAUGGAGCGCUGGAAAGGGACAAGAAAGAUGGAUUCCAGCAAACCUCAGAGCAUGCCCUCUUUUCCUGUUCUGUGGUGGAUGUGUUCACUCAGCUAAACCAGAGUUUUGAGAUUAUCAAGAAGCUGGAAUGCCCAAACCCACAGGCUCUGGCUCACUUCAUGUGCCGCUUUGCGAAGACUAUAAACAAAGUUCUUCUGCAAUAUGCUGCAAUCAUAUCCAAGGACUUUCCUUUGUAUUUGAAUAAGGAGAAUGUGCCAUGCAUCCUUCUCAACAACAUUCAGCAGCUUCGUGUCCAGCUGGAGAAGAUGUUUGAGUCCAUGGGUGGCAAGCAGGAGGAGGGGGUUGUGUCCUUCUGUAAGCUGGAUGCAGAGGCCAGUGAUCUGCUAAAGGAGCUGCAAAAUAAACUCAACACAGUGCUGGAUGAGCUCAGCGGAGUGUUUGGCUCCAGUUUUAAGCCUGUGAUUGAGGACUGUGUGAAGCAGAUGAACCAGGAGCUGGUUCAGAUGAAAGGUCCAGCCAAAGGAAGUAAUGCUGCCAUGGAUGCAGAGACUGUCCUCCGGCCUCUUAUGGACCUUCUGGACAAAAAUUUAAUGUUAUUUGCCAAGAUUUGUGAGAAAACAGUGCUGAAACGAGUCCUCAAAGAGCUUUGGAAGAUUGUGCUGAACACAAUCGAGAGAACAAUUGUUCUGCCUCCGCUGAGUGACCAGAGUCAAGGAGCUCAGAUGAUCUUCAGUGCUGCCAAGGACUUGGGACAGCUGUCCAAACUGAAGGAGCAUGUCAUCCGAGAAGAAGCCAGAAGUCUGACACCACGCCAGUGCGCAGCCAUGGACCUUGUGCUUCCCACCAUCAAGCAAUACUUCCAUGCUGGAGGAAAUGGCCUGAAGAAAACUUUCCUCGAAAAGAGCCCUGAUAUGAAGUCCCUCAAAUAUGCUCUCAGCCUUUACACUCAACCUACAGAUGCCUUGAUCAAGAAAUAUAUAUGCACCCAAACCUCUCAAGGUCAGUCAUCCAACGGAUCAGUGGGGGAGGUGUCGAUGCAAGUGAAUCUCAUCUCUCACCCUGGCACUGGAGAGCACAAAGUCAGCGUGAAGGUGGUCGGCGUGAACAACCUCAUCUGGCAAACCAACGCCAUGUUCCGGCCAUUUGUAGAAGUCAAUGCUGUGGGUCCACAUCUGGCUGACAAGAAGCGCAAAUUCAGCACCAAGACCAAGAAUAACAAUUGGUCACCAAAGUACAAUGAAACAUUCCAGUAUGUUCUGAGUAACGAACACGGUCCAGAGGCCUAUGAGCUCCAUGUCUCAGUGAAGGACUACUGCUUUGCCCGUGAGGACCGCAUCAUCGGCAUGACCGUCAUCCCUCUCAGAGAGCUGGCAGACAAGGGCAGCUGCACCGCCUGCUACCCGCUGGUGAAGAGCAUCUCCAUGGACGAAACGGGCAUCACCAUCAUGAGGAUACUCUCUCAAAGGACCAACGACGAGGUGGCCAAAGAGUUUGUGCGUCUCAAGACAGACACACGCUCGACGGAGGAAGUGUCAUAACGUGGAGCAAAAAAAAAACAAAAACCCACAGUAUUAAAUGAGUUGUGUUGUCUUAGGUAAACGAUAGCGAGGGAAAGAUGGAAGACGAGAAAGAGCGGUAGCAACAGUUGUUCUUUCGGGAUAGAGGAUCACUCAGAAGGAGAAUAAGAUUGUCCAAAGAGAAAUGGAGGAGGCCCAAAUGUGGCGAGGCAGCAAAGAGAGAGAGAGAGCGAGAGAGAGAAAGUUGUGUUUGUUUGUUUGUUUUUGUGCAUGUGCGUAAAACAUCUGUUGGAAUGUUCAUUUUAAAACUACAGUAUGUACAAGUGUUUACUUACCGUAUGCUUACUAUUAAGUACUAUAUUCUACGAGUUAUGUUAAUGAGACAUGAUACCUUUUGUACAACAUUAGUCUUUUUGAACAGAGAUUUGUUCCAAUAAAGUGCCAAACCAGUGGAAAAAAAAGAACAAAAUCAACGUAUAUGAAUUAUGGUGAACUUAGUAUGUUUGAAAUUUGCUCGAUUAUUUUGUCCGGUGUAAGUCAUUUUCUGACCAUGUGGCGUUUCGAUUGUUGCAAAUUCGUUCAUUUUGCACCCUCGUUUUUUGGCCUCACGUGCUUCCACACAGCACUGUUGUGCAUGUCCUCUUCUCGGUCAUGUCUCUCCCAUGAUCCCACAGUGACCGCUGAGCAGGGUCCUGUCCCCUUGCCUUCAAACUGUUUGUAUUUUAAGUCGACCUGAAAAUAGACCAUGUUUUUUUAAAUGGCGAUGACUGCUAUCUAAACCUUCAUAGGUGUUUGUAAUUUUAUAACCAUGACAACAAUGACGACAGCCUCCAGUGCUAACAGUCCUAGCAGAAAGGUUCGAAAUGUUUUCUUUUUCUUUGGCUUUUUGUUCUUUGUUUUUCGGCCAUCGGCUUCCAACCUUUCUGAAUGACCACUGUGAACAUGAGCUUUGGAAGGCAAGCUUACAUGACAUUGCUGACAGUUUGAUAUUAUUGUUUCAUAUUUUUCCGAUAACUUUGUUCCUGAUAAACUGCCAAAGUUAUAUAAAGUAUUUGUACAAAAGCAAUCCAUUACAUGUAUGAAGAUAUAUAUGUACAUGUGAUCUUUACUUUUUCAAUGCUUAAUAUUUGAUUGUUGAUAGGGUGGUACUAAGAUUUUAUUUUUUUUAUUUCAUGUGAAGCUGUUAACCGAUACGAAAGUUGCACAUGUUACUUUACACGUUAGUUUUAUCAGCUUCUGUCAUUGGAAUUAUUUUUCUUCAUAAAGGAAAGAGUCUAACAUUUGGUAAAUAUGCAACAUUCCUAUGUAUUGCACUGAUGGCGAAUUGUAUGUCAUGUAAAUAUAUUUAGUGAGAUAUUGUACAAAAGUCUACUUUUCUUCUAUGUGCAUAAAGUAUGUGCAAAUGUGUUAAAACA